AUGGUUCUUCUGAGCGACCCCCCUCCCCCACUCCUGGAAUGUGUGCGUGUGGUGGGGACAGGGGGCCAAGAUUGCACGGUUAAUACUUUUCAUGACAAAGAGACAUGUUCCUUACCCCUGUCUGAGGAACACUUCCUGGUGUGCAGCCGCAGAGUCAUUUCAGUAAGCCUAGCGUCACAGAAUGAGCCUCUAUGCACUCCUGCGAACAUAGCGAAUGUUCCUAAAACUCGCCGGACUUUCUGUAAGAAGUGUGGCAAACAACAACCCCACAAAGUGACACAGUACAAGAAGGGCAAGGAUUCUCUGUAUGCUCAGGGAAAGUGGUGUUAUGACAGGAAGCAGAGUGGCUAUGGUGGGCAGACUAAGCCAAUUUUCCAGAAAAAGGCUAAAACUACAAAGAAGAUUGUGCUGAGGCUUGAGAGCAUUGACCCUAACUGCAGAUCUAAGAGAAUGCUGGCUAGUAAGAGAUGCAAGCAUUUUGAACUGGGAGGAGAUAAGAAGAGAAAGGGCCAAGUGAUCCAGUUCUAAGCUUCGUCAUUUGUUUUAUUGUGAAGACAAUAAAAUCUUG